UGGGAUUCCAUCGACGCCUCUUCCCUUUGCCUUCGAACCUUCACCGCACUUCCCCUUCGCGCAAUCGAGGGUCGCGUCGAGUGCAAUGGCGGCCAGACUUCUCUUCCGGCAGCUCUUCGAGAAGGAAUCCUCGACCUACACUUACCUCCUCGCCGACCUCGGCCACCCCGACAAGCUUGCCGUUCUUAUUGAUCCGGUGGACAGAACUGUUGACAGAGACAUAACUCUUGUUAAAGAACUGGGGUUGAAACUUGUCUAUGCUAUGAAUACUCAUGUCCAUGCUGAUCAUGUUACAGGAACAGGAUUGAUAAAGGCUAAGAUGCCAGGUGUCAAGUCUGUCAUCUCUAAAGCUAGUAAAGCAGUAGCUGAUCAUGUGGUUGAACAUGGUGAUAAAAUAUAUUUUGGAGAUCUUUUUCUGGAGGUUCGUGCCACUCCUGGUCAUACUGUGGGUUGUGUCACCUAUGUAACAGGAGUUGGAUCUGAUCAGCCUUAUCCACGAAUGGCCUUCACUGGUGAUGCGUUGCUGAUUCAUGGCUGCGGAAGAACAGAUUUUCAGGGUGGAAGUUCACAUCAGCUGUACCAGUCAGUGCACUCACAGAUAUUCACAUUGCCAAAGGAUAUGCUCCUUUACCCUGGUCAUGACUACAAAGGAUUCACGGUUACUACUGUUGGAGAGGAGAUUGUCUAUAAUCCUCGGCUAACAAAGGAUGAGGAAACAUUCAAGGACAUCAUGGAAAAUCUAAACUUGGCAUAUCCCAAGAUGAUGGAUGUUGCCGUACCAUCUAAUAUGGUCUGUGGGCUGCAAGAUAUAAUCUCAAAAGUCUAAAUAUCUUCCGAAUGAAAAUGUUGUAGGUGUGGUUCCCAGCGCACCAUAGUGUUUCAAAGAUUGCAUGUUCCAUUUUGUCAGUACAACUAGAUUUUCUGAGUGUUGAUACUUAAAGAAUCUCCUGUCUUUACUAGUGGAACCUAUUGGUUUUAGAAAAAUAAAAAGGUCCACUAUCUUGUAAUGUGGUGAUGUUACUAGUUGAGUACUACAUUCUUGGCUUUCAACUAUCGUUGAGGAGCCAUUUGGUGUGAAAAGACAAAUUUUCUACUCUAGCUUUUAAUUUGUUUUAGAUCAUUUGUAUUAAAUAUGGUCCAAGCAGAACUAUGGAUCUCUUGCUAACAACAUCAUCAUCAAAACCCUUCUCUUCUCUGGUUCAUGAUGAUAUCAAGGCAAAACAAAUUUCAGUUCUUGUACACCUUUUUUUUUUCUAAGCUGAAUAUCAAGGCAUGGUGAUAUAUUUAGAUCUCAAGUUGGCAACCUGUGUUUCCUUUUCCUAUUUGUGUCAAUUAUUAUAGUUAUAGUCGGAUGCAGUAGCCUGGAGAGCAUUGCUUGGAGCAAGGGAAGUAUAUGAAGACCAGUGC